CGGCGCGCCCGGCCCCGCCCCUGCGCGCGGCGCGGCUCCGGAAAUGGUCGUGCUGCGCUGCGCUGCGGCUGCGUCGGGCCGCGCGCGCUGAAGGAGACUGAAGUCAGUCGGAUGAAAGGUCUCUGCAGGCCCGCUCAGUCGGCCCAGGUUUUUCCCGCGGGGGGAUAGCAAGGGGAUCCUUAUGCACAACCACAUGAAAUGAACAAAGCUCCACAGCCCACAGGAGGAGCCCCGACAGCCCCGCACCCUGCCCCUUCUCCUGGACUUCCACAGUCAGCGUUCCCACCUGGUCAGACGGCACCUGUGAUUUUUAACCCGACACCGACCUCACAAAUGAAUACGCCUUCUCAGCCGCGACAGUUUCCAGCAGGGCCUCGUGCUAUUCACCAGCAGGGAGGAUUCAGGUCUCUCCAGCAUUUCUACCAGAACAGGGCCCAGCCUCCCGCCAGCGCGUCCCGCGUGCAGAGCAACACGACGGCCCGGCCUGGCCCUCCUGCCCAUGUGUAUCCAGCUGCUUCCCAGGUGAUGAUGAUACCCUCCCAGAUAUCCUACACACCUUCCCAAGGAGCCUAUUACAUUCCCGGACAGGGUCGUUCCACAUACGUUGUCCCAACACAGCAGUACCCGGUCCAGCCCGGUGCCCCUAGUUUUUACCCUGGAGCCAGCCCCACAGAGUUCGGAACUUACGCGGGUGCUUAUUACCCGGCCCAGGGGGUGCAGCAGUUCCCGGCGGGGGUCCCCACUGCUCAGGUGAUUGUGAGCCAGCAGCCACCGAUCCCCCCAAAACGAGAGCGCAAGACGAUCCGGAUACGAGACCCCAACCAAGGUGGCAAAGACAUCACUGAAGAAAUAAUGUCUGGAGCAAGGACCUCAUCUACCCCCACUCCUCCCCAGGCUGGAAGCGGUUUGGAACCCCAGGCCAAUGGAGAAACCCCUCAUGUAGCAGUUAUUGUCCGGCCAGAUGACCGCCCAAAGCCUGCGCUGGUGGUGAGCAAACCCGUCUCCCUGGAGCCCAGCAAGUCAGCGUCCCCAUCGCCUCCCCCUCCCCUCAUCCCUGAGGUGGAGCCCGUGGUGAUGUCAACUGUGACGCUGGUGCCAAUGGAGCCCCCCGUGGAAGCGGACACUAAAGUGGAGCUGGGCGAGGCGCCGCCCGACCUGCACCAGACGUUUAGCGCUAUCACUACAGUGCCAGGGGCUGGGGAGCUGCCCCUCGUGCCCCCACCUGACAUGGACACGGCGGCUGUGGUGGAGGAGGAGGUGGCAGAGGAGGAGGAAGACGUUGCCAUUCCUCUCCUGGAGCCCACAUUGCAGGCGCCCGCCCUGCCUGAGGUGCCAUCGGUGCCUGCUGCCCCCCUCAUGCCAGCCGUGCCCCCGGUGCCAGCUGCGCCAUCGCCGCCGCUCGUUGUCCCACCGGUCCCUGAAGCACUCGCCAAACCCGCCUCUCCCAGCCCCCCGCCACCCCAGGAGGAGCCCUGCUCUGAGCCUGUCGCCGAGCCUGCUGCUGAGGCCAAUGGGCUCUUAGAGGAGGUGCCCGAGCCGCUCCCCGAGGCACCCGUGUGCCAGCCGGUGCUCGUGCCCGUGUUGGAGCCUGCCCCAGUGCCCGCCCCAGCUCCCACCCUGGACUCCCCCAUUGUGCAGCCUGAAGAGCUGCCCUUGCCCAAUGGGAUGGAGGGCUCCAGCAAAGCGGAGCCAAGCGAGGAGCAGCCUGAGUCGGAUGUCAGCCCCAUCUCGGAGCCCGAGGAGCCAGCGCAGCCUGGCACCCCCACCUCCCCCCCAGCAGAGGAGGAAGAAGAAGAGAGCGAAGGCCCUGCUGAGGCCCAGGAGCGGAGCUCAAGUCCUGCCCCUGCCCCGUCGCAGACCUUGGAGGCGACUGUGCAAGUUGCUGUGUCGGUGCCAAAGAAAAAGCGAAGGAUGAAGGAGCUGAACAAGAAGGAGGCAGUAGGCGAUUUGCUGGAUGCCUUUAAAGAGUCUCAGAUCAGCGACAGUGCCUCAGAAGUGGAAAACAAGCCUCCCCCUCCCAUGCCUGCCCGUGAAACAGAGGACGCAGCCCCCGCCCGUCCCCAGGAGGAGUCAGAGGAGACGUGGGAGGAGAAGGAGGACAAGCUGGCCCCAGAGAAGGGCAAGGCUGGGGACCAGAAGUACCGCUACAAGGAAGAGCAGUGGAAGCCAUUGAAUCCUGAGGAGAAGAAGCGGUAUGACCGGGAGUUCCUGCUGGGCUUCCAGUUCAUUUUUGCCAGCAUGCAGAAACCUGAGGGGCUGCCCCAGAUCACAGAUGUGGUCCUGGACAAGCCCUGUGUACCUUCGCAGGCCAACAAGACCCCAUUGCGGGCACUCGACCCCAUCCGCCUCAGCGGCAUGAACUGCAGCCCUGACUUCACCCCCUCCUUUGCCAACCUUGGGCGGCCUGUCAUGGGCAACCGGGGCCUGCCCUCAGGGUUGGGUCCUCGCCGCUCGCAGCAGACUCAGAGGAAGGAACCCCGUAAAAUCAUUGCCACUGUGUCCCUCAAUGAGGAUGUCAAGCUGAACAAGGCUGAGAAGGCCUGGAAACCCAGCAGCAAGCGUGCCUCUGAGGAGGAGGAUCCUGAGAACAUCAAGACACAGGAACUGCUUCGCCGCGUCCGCAGCAUCCUCAACAAGCUGACACCCCAGAUGUUCCAGCAGUUGAUGAAGCAGGUGAUGGAGUUGUCCAUCGACACGGAGGAGAGACUCAAGGGUGUCAUUGACCUUGUCUUCGAGAAAGCCAUCUCGGAGCCAAACUUCUCUGUUGCCUACGCUAACAUGUGCCGUUGCCUUAUGGGGCUCAAAGUGCCCACGACAGACAAGCCCACAGUGACUGUGAACUUCCGCAAGCUGCUGCUCAACCGCUGCCAGAAGGAGUUUGAGAAGGACAAGGAUGACGACGAGAUCUUUGAGAAGCGGCAGAAAGAAAUGGAUGAUGCCAGUGCUCCUGAAGAGAAGGCACGCAUGAAGGAUGAGCUGGAGGAGGCGCGGGACAAGGCCCGAAGGCGGUCCUUGGGUAACAUCAAGUUCAUUGGAGAGCUCUUCAAACUGAAGAUGCUGACGGAGGCCAUCAUGCAUGACUGCGUGGUGAAGCUGCUCAAAAACCAUGAUGAGGAGUCUCUUGAGUGCCUUUGCCGCCUGCUUACAACCAUUGGCAAGGAUUUGGACUUUGAGAAGGCCAAGCCCAGAAUGGACCAGUAUUUCAACCAGAUGGAGAAAAUCAUCAAGGAGAAGAAGACAUCAUCCCGAAUCCGUUUUAUGCUGCAGGAUGUGAUUGAUCUCAGGCGGAAUAGCUGGGUACCACGGCGAGGAGAUCAGGGACCCAAAACCAUCGACCAGAUCCACAAAGAGGCAGAGAUGGAGGAGCAUCGGGAACACAUCAAAGUGCAGCAGCUCAUGUCAAAAGACAAAAGGAGAGGACCUCCUGGACCAUCUAUCAGCGGUGGACGCAGUAGCCUGGUUGCAGAUGACGGCUGGAACACUGUGCCCAUCAGCAAGGGCAAUCGGCCUAUCGACACCACCCGGCUAACGAAAAUCACCAAGCCUGGAUUGAUCGACUCCAACAACCAGCUCUUUGCACCAGGCGGGCGGCUGAGCUGGGGCAAGGGCAGUAGCGGAGGGUCUGGCGCAAAGCCUGCAGAUUCAGCAUCUGAUUCAGGGCGACCGGCCACGAGCACCUUGAACCGCUUCUCAGCACUCCAGCAGUCCACCCCUGCUGAGAGCCCAGAGUCCCGUCGCGUGGUGCAGAGGGGCAGCUCUAGCCGCGACAGGUCAGAAAAGGCUGGGGACAGAGGGGACCGGGAGUCACGUUCAGAGAAGAGCAGUGACCGUCUGGAGCGUCCUGAUCGGGGAGAGCGGGGAGAGAGGAACAGGUCUGCCGUCACCAAGAGGAGCUUCAGCAAAGAGACAGAGGACAGGAGCAGAGAACGGGAAAAGCAGAGUGGCCCUGAGGCUGUGCGCAAGACUGCUAGCAUGUCAGAGGAACGGGACAGGAGCCGAGAGACGAUUAAACAAGAGCCAGCACCUCCUGCGGCAUCACCCAAACCCAUGCUGUCAGAGGAGGAGCUGGAGAAGAAAUCUAAGGCGAUCAUAGAGGAAUAUCUGCACAUCAAUGAUAUGAAGGAAGCCCUGCAGUGUGUGCAGGAGCUGGGCAGCCCCUCCUUGCUCUAUGUCUUCGUGCGGAAUGGCAUCGAGUCCACGCUUGAGCGGAGUACGAUCUCCCGCGAGCACAUGGGCGUCCUGCUGUGCCACCUGGUGAAGGCUGGCACGCUCUCCAAGGAGCAGUACUAUAAAGGGCUGCGGGAAAUCCUGGAGAUUGCAGAAGACAUGGAGAUCGACAUCCCACAUAUCUGGCUGUAUCUCGCAGAGCUCAUAACACCUAUCCUGCAAGAGGAAGGUAUCCCCAUGGAGGAGCUGUUCAGGGAGAUCACAAAGCCCCUGGUGCCCCUUGGGAAAGCCACCACACUGCUGGUCGAGGUGCUGGGCUUAUUGUGCAAGGGCAUGAGCCAGAAGACCGCGGGCAAGCUGUGGCGGGACGGGGGCCUGAGCUGGAAGGAAUUCCUGCCUGAGGACCAGGAUGUCAACAAAUUUGUCACAGAGCAGAAAUUGGAGUACACAAUGGGGGACAACUCGGACACGCCAAGCUGCAAGGAGCUAACCUCAGAGGAGCUGUGCAAACAAAUGGACAAACUGCUGAAGGAGAACUCGAACAACCAAAGAAUAUAUGACUGGAUUGAGGCCAACCUAAGUGAGCAGCACGUCUCAUCCAACACAUUUAUCAGGGCCCUGAUGACAUCCGUGUGCCAUUCAGCCAUCAUCUUUGAGAACCCAUACCGUGUGGAUGCCCUGGUCAUCCGCAACCGGGCCAAGCUGCUGCAGAAGUACAUGCGAGAUGAGCAGAAGGAGCUUCAGGCACUGUAUGCCUUGCAAGCUUUGGUGGUGAAGUUGGACCAGCCUCCAAACCUGCUGCGGAUGUUCUUCGAUGCUCUCUAUGAUGAGGACGUCAUCAAGGAGGAGGCCUUCUACAAGUGGGAGUCCAGCAAGGACCCAGCGGAGCAGCAGGGCAAAGGGGUGGCCCUGAAAUCAGUGACAGCAUUUUUCACCUGGCUCCGGGAAGCAGAGGAUGAGUCGGACAACAACUGAGCAGCUGUGAGGAGGAGGAGGAGGAGGAAGGGGGGAGAGCAUGGGGCACCGUGGGGUGUGACUCCAUCCCUUCCCAGCCCUGGCCCCCUGGACUUGCUCAUGCCGGGGCCGAGGGAUCUGCUGUGCCCCCAACAGCAUCCCUCUCUCUAUUUCUCCUCUCCCUCCUCCCCUCGUCCCCGUUCUGUUGGCCAGGCCUGUACUAGUUUGUCACGAUGAUAAUAAAUGGAUGCUGAUGGA